AUGGCACGUGAAAAUAUGAGUGGGGAGAGAGUGGUUGUUACCUUGGGACGCGUGUACGAUAGAAAACGUAAGAGAGCACCACACAAGAUCAAGAUCAAAAUCAGAGAGAUGAUGGGGGAGCUAUGGGCUCAAAUGGGAUCACUAAUGGCAACUAUGGUGUUCAUGUACACCAUGUUUGAGCGAUUCUUCCCUCCUCACUUUCGUGAUCGUCUUCAAGCCUAUACUCAAAAAAUGACCAACCACUUUAACCCUUACAUCCAGAUAACCUUUCCUGAGUUCUCAGGGGAAAGACUCAAGAAGAGUGAAGCAUACACUGCCAUCCAAACCUACCUCAGUGCAAACUCAUCUCAAAGAGCCAAAAGACUCAAAGCUGAAGUGGUGAAGGAUAGCCAACACCCGCUAGUCCUCAGCAUGGAUGACAAUGAAGAGAUCACUGAUGAGUUCCAAGGUGUCAAAGUGUGGUGGAGUGCUAGUAAAAUAAGCACCAAUCCACAGAGAUACAACCCUUUCUCUUACUAUGGUUCCUCUGAUGAGAAAAGGUACUACAAACUUACUUUCCAUAAAAGCUACCGUGACAUCAUCACCAUGUCUUACAUAAAGCAUGUGUUGGAGGAGGGGAAGGAAAUUGAGAUGAGAAACAGGCAGCUGAAGCUUUACACCAACAAUCCUAGCAGUGGUUGGUAUGGUUACAAGCGGUCAAAGUGGAGCCACAUAGUGUUUGAGCACCCUGCCACUUUUGAAACACUAGCCAUGGAUCAGAAAAGGAAGGAAGAUAUCCUAAAAGACCUUGUUAAGUUUAAGAAGGGAAAGGAUUAUUAUGCAAAGAUAGGCAAGGCUUGGAAAAGAGGUUAUCUUUUGUAUGGUCCUCCAGGGACUGGGAAGUCUACCAUGAUAGCUGCUAUUGCUAAUUUCAUGAACUAUGAUGUGUAUGAUCUUGAGUUGACAGCAGUCAAGGACAACACUGAGUUGAGAAAGUUGUUGAUUGAAACUCCAAGUAAGUCUAUUACAGUGAUUGAGGACAUUGAUUGUUCACUUGAUCUUACUGGACAGAGGAAGAAGAAGGAAGAGGAUGAGAAUGAAGAACCAAAAGAUCCUAUGAAGAGGAAUGAAGAGGAGAGUAGCAAGAGCAGCAAGGUAACUCUAUCUGGGUUGUUGAAUUUUAUAGAUGGGAUUUGGUCAGCUUGUGGAGGUGAGAGGAUCAUCAUUUUCACCACAAAUUAUGUGGAGAAACUUGACCCUGCUCUCAUUAGGAGAGGGAGGAUGGAUAAGCACAUUGAGAUGUCCUAUUGUUGCUAUGAUGCAUUCAAGGUGCUAGCCAAGAACUACUUGGAUAUUGAGUCUCACCUAUUGUUUAGUAGAAUUGGGAGAUUGUUGGAAGAGACAGAAAUGUCACCUGCUGAUGUUGCUGAGAAUCUAAUGCCAAAGUCUGUGGAUGAAGAUGUGGAGACAUGCUUGGAGAAAUUGAUUAAGGCUCUUGAGGUUGACAAGGAGGAAAAAGCAAGGAAAAAGGCUGAAGAAGAAGCAGAAAAGAAGUUGGAGGAGAAACAGAAGGAAGAAUCUACUCAGAUGGAGGAAAUAAACAAAGAAAAAACCAAGGAGAAUGUGAAGGAAAAUGGUUUUCAUUGA